AUGCCUUUCAGCAAGCCCUCGGGGGCCUCUAUCAGGCAGUUAUUUAGCUUUCUCCAUCUCCUCUUCUACGCAGACCCGACAUGGCUCGACAAGAUACUGGUGUUUGUUGGCGCUAUAGCUGCCAUCGCAGCAGGCGUACCGUUCCCGCUCAUUGGAAUCGUCUUUGGUCAAUUGGUCGAUGAGAUCAAUGUAGCAACAUGCAACAAUCGCGAUGGUGGCUCGAAUGGGGACGAAGAAGCCGAUAUCACGCCCAAGAUUCUAUUGCUUGUCUACAUCGCUAUCGGUAGCUUCGCUUGCAUCUACAUACAUCUUGUAUGCUGGAACUUGGCAUCGCAGCGGCUAGCUCAACGCAUCCGAGACCGCUACCUUAGGAACCUGCUACGACAAGACAUGGCCUUCUUCGACAACCUACAAGCCGGAGAAGUAUCAUCUCGACUCAAUGGCGACAUUCAAGCCAUCGAGAGCGGAACUGGCGAGAAGGUCGGUGUGGCAUUGACUUGCCUCUCCUUCUGUGUUACUGCAUAUAUCGUUGGCUUCAUCAAGAACGCCGAGUUGGCUGGCAUGCUCGUAUCGUUAAUCCCUGCAUUCUUGCUUAUGGCAGUGGUUGGUGGUCACUUUGUUGGCAAGUAUAGUGCCAGGCUCGGCUCAUGCUUUGGGUCUGCUAGCGCUAUCGCGUCUGAAGCCCUCAGUCACGUCGGUCUCGUGCACGCGCUCGGGGCGAAUGCAAGACUCGAAGAGAAGUUCGAGAGCCACCUAGGCAAUGCUCGGGAAGCAGGCAUCAAGAAAUCCAUGGCUGCUGCUGUACAAGCUGGUCUGCUCUACUUUAUCGCCUUUUCAGCUAGUGCCCUGGGUUAUUGGCAGGGUAGUCGUAGAGUCGCAGACUCUUUAGAGGGCAAGGGCAGUGCCACUAUUGGAGAAAUCUAUACUGUCACCUUCAUUCUUCUAGAUGGUGCUAUUGUUUUGAGUCAGAUCGCGCCCAUGUUGCCACUGUUCGGUGGUGCCAUAUCAGCAUUUGGGCGCUUGCGCAAGGAUAUCGAAACUCAGCCUACCAUCGAUAACACGUCGUCAUCUGCGGAAAAGCCUACUAACGUCGAGGGUACUGUUGAGUUCCGCAAUGUUGCGUUCACAUACUCUUCAAGGCCUGACCAUCCCGUGCUGAACGGUAUCAACUUGACAUGCGAAGCCGGUAAAAUGACUGCCAUUGUUGGUCUCUCUGGUAGCGGCAAAUCUACCGUCGCAAGCCUCAUCAGCCGCUUCUAUGACCCGCAAUCCGGUGACGUACUUCUGGAUGGGCGCAACGUCAAAGACAUCAAUAUCAAGACUCUCCGAGGCUUCAUCAGCCUUGUGCAACAAGAACCAUCGCUUCUCGAUCGCUCUAUCCUGGAGAACAUCGCUCUUGGUCUAGUCAAUAGUCCACCUCACGCCCACCUCGAGAAGACACUGUUGAGUGGCAUCCUCGCCCAAGUUGCAGAAGACGUUAGGGGCGGCCAAGAACUCAAUCGUGUUGCCGAGAACGCUGGCCCAGAAGUGGUAGAGAUCCUUCAGCUGGUGAGACAGGCUGCAGACCUUGCCGAUGUUGCUGUAUUCAUUGACCGCCUGGAAUUCGGCUUCGCGACCUCAGUCGGUUCAAGUGGCAGCCUUGUCAGUGGUGGGCAGAAGCAACGUGUUGCUCUUGCUCGAGCGCUUGUCCGCGACCCGCGUAUCUUGAUCCUCGACGAGGCCACUGCUGCCCUGGAUUCUGCCAGUGAACAACGUAUCCAAGCUGCCAUAGACCGGGCUUCCCAAGGCCGAACAGUGGUCUCGAUCGCGCAUCGACUGUCUACCAUCAGAGCUGCUUCGAAAAUCAUCGUCAUGAAGAAGGGUGACAUCAUCGAGCAGGGCACUCACGAUCAGCUAAUGGAAUUCGACGGAUCAUACGCGGACAUGAUUCGCCUACAAUCUGUCAAAACCGAGGAUGGCCCAUCAAGCUCAAGGACCAGUGUAGAUUCACGCGACACUAUCUCUGACGAGAAGUUGGCACUGAGCGCUCAAGAGCCUGAUGCUGUACCAGCAAACGAUACGCAGGCAGUCGACCCCGUUGAGCAUACCAAGGGUGUCGUUAUUUCAGGUUCCAUCAGGAAGACCAUGUUUCCAUUAACACGACCGUACAUGGGUAUCGUGGUGCUGGCUUUCUGCGGAGCACUGAUAGUAGGAGGGCAAUACUGCGGGUCUGGCCUCUUAUUCGGUAACAUCAUGGGCACCAUGUCCCCUUGCAACUCUCCAGACUACAUUCGGUCUAGGGGUGAGUUACUGUCCGGAAUGUGGUUCAUGCUUGCCUGCGUUGCUUUCCUUGCCAACUUCACCAGCUGGGCAUCAUUCGGUCUCUUGUCUGAGCGACUUAUCUACAAGGUCCGCAAUCUGUCUCUGCACACGCUGCUCCAGCAGCCGCUGCAAUGGCAUGAAUCCGAGGCGAGAAACCCAUCGAUGUUACUUGAGUUCAUCACUAAGGACGGCAAUUCGUUGGCAGGCUUUAGCGGCUCCAUCAUCGGCACACUUUUCUCCGUCGUUGUUAACUUCGUGGCCGCUAUUAUCCUAUCUCACAUCAUCGCAUGGCGAAUCGCGAUCGUAUGUCUCGUUAUCGUGCCGCUACUUUUGGGUGCUGGUUACAUGCAGUUACGCGCCAUCGGCCGCUUUGCUGUAAAGCAUGCCGGCGCGUUCUCAUCUUCCAUCGGUGUUACUAUCGAAGCCGUUUCGAACAUCAAGACUGUGCAUGCAUUGUCGAUUGAAGAAGAGAUCAUACAAACCUACCGGAGAUCGUUGAAGGCUCCGCGCAAAGAGAUGGUGAAGCAAAGCUUCAAGACCAACGUCUGGUUAGCUGUCGCCAAUUCUUGUGGUAGCUUCAUCUACGCCUUUGCCUACUGGUGGGGCUCGAAGAACAUCAUCGAAGGCAGAUAUACCCAGACCGAGUUCUUCGUCAUCCUCAUCGCCAUGCUCGUCUCCGCACAAUUGUGGGGUCAACUAUUCACCCUCGCGCCUGAAAUAGCCAAGGCCAAGAGCGCCAUCGGGCGCAUCUGUGGACUGAUCGAGCUCGGCAAGGACACACCCUCUACAGGACACCAGAAGGCACUAUCCGAAAAAGCACAGGACGAUGUUGAGGCAAAUGCUGAAUCGCCAUUGCCCGCCUCCUCACAAGGUGGUGCCAGAGUUGUCUUCCGAGAUGUCGGCUUCGCGUAUCCAGCGCGUCCCGGUGUUCCAGUGCUGACAUCACUUUCAUUGACCAUCCAGCCAGGUCAAUUCUGCGCCUUGGUUGGUCCUUCAGGUGCAGGCAAGAGUACUGUCCUGGCCCUUCUUGAGCGAUUUUACUCUCCUUCCUCAGGCAGCAUCUCCAUCAAUGGGUUCGAUAUAUCGCGACACCAUGGCGCGUCUUUCCGCGAUGAUAUCGCCUAUGUUCCCCAAGAGAACGUACUCUUCCAAGGAAGCAUCAAGUUCAACAUCGGGUUGGGAGCAAGACCCGGUCAUGAACCAUCCGACGAGGAGAUUCAAGAAGCCUGUAAACUGGCAAAUAUACAUGACACCAUCGUCGAUCUUCCCCAAGGCUACGAUACCGAGUGUGGCUCGAACGGCAACCAGCUGUCUGGUGGUCAGCGUCAACGUUUAUCUAUCGCACGAGCUCUUGUACGGAAGCCAAAGUUGCUGCUACUAGAUGAGAGUACGAGCGCACUCGACGCAGAGAGCGAGAAGGCUUUGGAGCAAGGCCUCGAGCGGGCUGUCAAGGGCCACGGCGUGACAGUUAUUGCAAUCGCCCAUCGACUGAGGACGAUCGCCAGAGCUGAUGUUAUUUUCCUCGUCGAAGCAGGUAAGGUAGUAGAUCAAGGACGCCACGAGGAAUUGGUGCAGCGUAGUGAGAGUUACCGUGUCAAUGCUCUCCACCAGAUGCUGGGUUGA